UAUAAAUCAGAUAAAAUUGCAGUUGUCGCGUUGCGCUCAUGGAACCGCGAAAUACAGACAGGAGAUCUAACAGUAUCAAGAGCUUAAAAUUAGUAAGCUUUCAGACGAACAAAGAGUGCUGAAAGUAAAUACACCGCGUAAAAUAGUGAAUUUAUUUACCAACUUUGCCUAGAUGUUUGCUUUGCAAAAUUGCUAGACAAGUUAAUUUUUUAUAAUAUGACCGACAAUGCAGUAAAAUUUUUUGUGGGCAAUAUUAUUCAUUGUCCCGCCAAACUACAAACCGAGUUGAUAGAAAAUGGAUAUGUUGCUGUUUUAAAAAAUCAGAUUAUUGCAGUUGGAGAUGCCUCUACUCUACCAAGCCAACUCGAGCAACUUGAAGCGAAUUAUAAAAUUCAAACAAUUUAUUUGCGAAAAUCACAAAUUUUAAUACCCGGAUUAAUCGAUACUCAUAUUCACGCACCUCAAUAUCCAAACGCCGGAUUGGGAUACGAUAAAACUCUUCUGGAUUGGUUGGAUUGUUAUACGUUCAAAUUGGAAAGGCAGUAUAAAGAUUUAAAGUUUGCUAAGAAGGUGUUCGACGCAAUAGUCAAAAAGACGCUUCAACACGGUACUACAACUGCCUGCUAUUUUGCGUCGCUUUUUACGGACGCUAGCCUAGUACUGGUUGACUCAGUGAUUGAAUAUGGACAAAGAGCUCUAGUUGGCAAAGUAAACAUGACACUAUCGCCAUUUAGCGAUUAUGUAGAGACUGAAGAAGAGUCAUUCCAAAAUACUCUUGCAUUUGUUAAUAAUGUUUUGUCUCGAAAAGUAGAUUUAGUUCAGCCUAUUAUUACUCCAAGAUUUGCCCUCAGUUGCAAUUUGGAACACAUGAGCGAAUUGGGAACCAUCGCUAAAAACAAUAAUCUUUUUGUUCAAACCCAUAUUUCGGAAAACGUCGAUGAAGUGGCAAUGGUUUAUGAGACAUAUGGAAUGUCCUAUGCUGAGGUUUAUGAUAAAUCUAAACUUUUGACUGAGAAGACGAUUUUAGCUCAUGGGAUUUACUUAUCCGAUGAUGAAUUGCAAUUAAUAGCCGCAAGGAAAUGUUCAAUAUCUCACUGUCCCGGAUCGAAUACGUGCCUAAAAUCUGGACUUUGUGAUGUUCGAAACAUUUUAAACUACAAUAUUAAAAUGGGAUUGGGCACAGAUGUAUCUGGAGGACCGUCUCCGUCUAUUUGUGCAGCAAUGCGAUCGGCUUUAACAACUUCAGUGCAUUUAUCUUUUAGCGAAGAAAAUUACAAGCCAUUAACCUAUACAGAUGUAUUUUAUUUGGCCACACUGGGCGGCGCUGAAGCUCUAGGAUUGGACAACAAAAUUGGAAAUUUUAGGACAGGAAAAGAAUUUGAUGCUCUUAUAGUUGAUGUAGAUGUUGACGAUACAGAAGUCGAUUAUUUACUUCCAUGCAAUCCAAUGGAAAUUUUGCAGAAAUUCGUUUACUGUGGAGAUGAUAGGAACAUUGUCAGUGUUUUUGUUGGCGGAAAACUGGUGAAGGAAGGAAAUACGAAGUUUACGUAAUAGUUGGAAAUUGUCACAGAAGUUCUAUAUGACCUACCUAAAUAUACGCACCUUACGUCAUUAAA